AUGGAUGCGCUCAAGCUCCUCGUGUUGGAUAUCUUACUUUACAUCGACAAACUACUAAUAAGGGGUAGCACUCGUCAAGAAAGAGAUGAACUGAUCCAAAUAGGGCUCCGAGACAUCUCAUCACGAGAUCCUGAAGCGACAGAACCCGCUCUAGGUGUCUACUCCUGGUAUGCCUCAGACCCCGAGUCGUACACCCGUGACACCUUUCGGUCGAACUUUCGACUGAGGGCCCAACGAUGCUGGGAUUAUUACGGGGAUCCAGACAAUGUGGAGCCUCGACUACCCCCGGAACCCUACAAUGUAGGCCCGAAGCUUUGUUCACAGCUGGAGAAAUUAGACAACAGCAGGCGAGCUCAGCGCAAACCAUGGAAAUACGUUCGAGAAAGAUGCCGUAUUAUCCUGUUGCCCUACCUGGAAGCUGCAGUGGAGCGGUUUGAGAAGGCUCGAACUGUUCCUGGCACGUAUGAGCUUGAUUGGGGCACGGCAAAAGUAAAGGACAUGUACCACCCUUUUCAGAUGGAGACACGGCGACUGAUUGCCUGGUCCGAUAAUACCAUCACUUUCAUCAACCCGGAGGGGCAGCGAAGAGAUCUGCUUGCUGUCGUUGUGGCAAAGGAAAGAUGGGGCGAUGCCUACAAUCCUUUGUUGGCUUAUAUGGGAAUAGUUCAUAGGAAUCGGAAGGACAGAGGCGAAAAGAACAGUGUGGUAUAUGGGAUUGCCACUGACGGUUUCACUUUUCAGAUCGUGAAAAUUGACAACAAGUCAAAGAGGCACGCAGAGGCACCUGGACAAUGCGAGGAAUGA